CUGUGACGGCAUCAACAGCGAGGUGCCACCCCUCCCUUCCCCUCCUCCAGGGAGCAUCACAACUUCCUGAAACUCUGCCUUCGACUGCUGUCCAAUCACCUGGCUUUGGCUCUGGCCGGGGGAGUGGCCACCAGUAUCCUAGGGCGACAGGCCCGCCCCCUCCGGAACCUUCUCUUCAGACUGAUGGAUUCCUCUGUUCCUGAUGAGAUCCAAGAGGCUGUGAUUGAGACUCUGUCUGUGGGGGCCACUAUGCUGUUACCUCCUCUGAGAGAGAGGAUGGAGCUUCUCCACUCCCUGCUGCCCCAGGGACCUGACAGAUGGGAGAGUCUGUCUAAAGGACAGAGGAUGCAACUGGACAUCAUUCUGACUUCGCUCCAGGAUCACACCCACGUAGCAUCCCUCCUGGGGUUCAGCUGUCCCCCGAGGCCCCGAGGCCCUGGCCUCCUCCUGCGGCCUGGACCCCUCCUACGGAGCCCCGGCACCAACCCUGACACACACCUGGCUGAGAUCCUAAUGAAGACCCUGCUCAGGAACCUGGGCUUCUACACGGACCAAGCGUUUGGGGAACUAGAGAAGAACAGUGACAAGCUGCUCCAGGGAACGUCUUCCUCAGACAGCAGUCAGCCGGCCCAUCUCCACGAGCUGCUCUGCUCCCUACAGAAACAACUGCUGGCAUACUGCCACAUCAACUGUGUUACUGAGAACUCCAGCAGUGUGGCUCUGCUCCAUAAGCACCUCCAGCUGCUGCUGCCCCACGCUACAGACAUCUUCUCCCGCUCCACCACCCUGCUGCAGGAGAGCUCCUGGAACGGCAGCAUCAGAGAGAAACUACGAGUUGUGAUCUACGUGUCUGCAGCAGGCAGUAUGCUGUGUCAGAUCGUCAACAGUCUACUACUACUACCAGUGUCUGUAGCCAGACCUCUGCUGAGCUACCUGCUAGACCUGCUGCCUCCUCUAGACUGUCUCAACAGACUGCUGCCUGCUGCCACACCGUUGGAAGACCAGGAGCUGCAGUGGCCUCUACAUGGAACCCCAGACUUUGUGGACCCUGCAGGGCAGCCCCUGUCCCAGCCGGCCCAGUCCUGGGUGUGGCUGGUGGAUCUGGAGCGUACUGCAGGCCUGCUGGUGGGCCGCUGCCUGGGGGCAUGCUGCAGGAGCACCCCUCUCUAG